AUGCCAAAGGCAAAGAAAAUGUCUGCCAGAAGGCGACGGUUAGCUGACAAGCUAAAGAAAAGAGAAAAGAGGGAGAAGCAUAAUCAAGAUUCCCAAGAUUGUACACGAGCUUCAGAGCCAGAGUCUGUUGUUCCUUGCGGGACAGCAGAUGGAGCUGAGUUAGCUCCUCCCGGUAAUUUUCCGGGGCAAGGCUCCAUGGGGUUGCCGCCUUUUGAGGAAAAACCCCUGGCCAGGGUGCAGGCCUCACCUCGAGUGAAAAUGCAUUCACCUGCCCCGAGGUUGCCAUCUCCUCGGGGAAGUCGUCUGUUUGUCCGUAACGAGGACAAGGCACCGUCCCCUGACUCCCCAGCGUGGGUUUGUGCUCCACCGAGGGCACCUGGAUCAGGCAUAGUGCAUAUGUCUGGUCCAGCAGGUCAGGCGCAGCUGGAUACCUCCAGGGAGGAGGAGACCAGUAGGAUAUCAAAAGAUGAGGAAUUUUUGACGGAUAUUAAAAAGGAAUCUGAAAGAAAUACUCAUGGAAUAUUGAACAAAGAAUGUGAUAUAUCAGAAACUAUAGACAAAGAGAGAGAUGAAAUAGAAGUUGAUGAGAAUUUAACAGAGUUAAGUGAUAAUGAGGCUGUUGAAAAUAUUUUAAAGAGGAGACAUGAAACCUGUGUGAAUCAAAAUAAGAGCAAAACAUAUGGAGGAGAGGUAGUUGGAAAUGUGGUUGUGGAAAGAUGUGAUGAAGGAAAGAAUCGAGAGAAGUUGAAGGUGUAUAGUGUAGAAAGAGAAAGUACUACGUCUAGUUUACUUGAUAGAAAUGUUGAAGAAAACACAUUUGAGAUGGCUCAACCUACUUCAUAUUCUGUUUCUGUACAGGGUUCUUUUCAUCAAGGUGAUCCAUUGUUUGGGGAAAAUGCUGGAACACAAUGUGUUGCCAAUUGUUUGGCAGGUUUAGCAUAUGGUAUCUUGAAAAGUCCCAUUAUUUGGCAAACAUCUGACAUGAAUAAAAUUCUAGUGACUGGAGAUGAACUGUAUACAUAUCUGCAACAAAGUUCCGAAAUUACAAGCAGAUACCUGUUAGUAGAUGAAUUGCCACAGUAUUUUGAAAGCUACAGCAAAACAUUUGAAUUCAAAGUUAAACUUGCUGUGUCUAGCUUAAUAAGUUUAUCAGAUGAGGAACCAUGUUACGAGGAUUUCAAUGCUUUUCCCCUUUUUGAGGCUCUUCAAAUGGUGCUUGUGGGAACAAAUGGAUGUUUUGUAUGUUUUGGAGGAAACACUCUCUUAGUUGGGAGAACCAGUAAAGGUUUUUAUAUAUUUGAUUCACAUUCACGGUGUUGUCAAGGAUAUAUUAGUGUAAAUGGGAAGAGUACAAGAAUUCUGGUAAAAAGUGUAUAUGAUGUUUAUUUGCACCUUGUCUCUUUAGCUCUAUCUAUGGGCUUUUCAAGAAUUGUUGAAUGUGAAUUGACUGGAGUAAUGUGUUCACUGAAGCAAUUUGAUUUUGCCCCAUUAAAGGAAGAUGAGGAUAUGCAGAGUCAUUCAGACACAGAUGUACUAGGAUCAGCACCAGGUAAUGCUUUGUCAGAAAGCAGAGAAAGGUUAUAUGAAAGUGAAGUAAUUUUUUUGAGUGAAGAGAGCAAAAAACACAAGUUUAUCCCAUUGAGUAUUAAGAAACAAGAGGAACUGUGCAGAAAAUUGGGUCUGUCAUUUUCUCUUACGGGAAGGGACUGUUAUGCAGAGUCUUUGAUGGAUAUGGGUGCACCUACUCAAUUUAAAGAUAUCGCGAAGGAUGGAAAUUGCUUUUUCAGGGCUAUAUCAUUUUGUCUGACAAAUUCUGAAGACCAUCAUCAGUCAAUUCGAAAUGCUGUGUGUCAACACUUACUUCAGUAUGAAACUUGGUUUCAAAAGUUUAUGAGGUGUGAAGCAGAAUCGGUAAGGGCCUAUUUACUUCGGAGCAAAAUGUCGCAAGAAGGAAUAUGGGCUACUGAAUUGGAGAUAUUUGCAGUGUCAGACAUGUUGAAUGUAGAUAUAUUUACCUACUCGGACAUGAAGUGGCUUCAGUUCAAUGGAAACAAGCAAGAUGUAGGAUCAGAGAAACAGAAGGAAGGUAUUUACCUAUACCAUAACCAACAGAACCAUUAUGAUGUUGUGUUAGAUGUUUCAGCUAGGUUGUCUGACAAGCAGUAUCAGCCUCAAAGUAUGAGUAAGUCUUAUCUGAGAGAGUAUGACUUGCGAAGAGGAAAUCGAAUUCGAAUGAGAAAGAAACGAGGCAAUUCAAAUGUCAAAAUGGUCUCAAACUCAAAAGAGAAUCGCAAAAGCGCAUUGAGGAGGAAAAAGUACCAUGAAAAUGAAGUGUUCAGAAGAGAAAUGUUAGAGAACAAAAAAAAAAUGUACUCAUGUGCAGGUUUUAAGAUGAAAAUACAAACUAGAAAUAGAAAUCGGUAUCAUGAAGAUGAGGGGUACAAAUCAAAAUUGAGACGACAAAGUGUCUGCAAAUAUGCCACAAACUUGAUUCAUAAGCAAGAUGUAAAGAAGAGAAGUGUACUGAAAUAUUGGAUAGAUGCAGAACAUAGAGAAAGUGUCAAAAAAAGAAGUUGUGAAAAGUAUAGCACAAAUAGGGAACAUAAACAAAAUGUGAAAAAUGCAAGUACUGAAAAGUACAGGAUGGACUUGAAACACAAACAGGAUGCUAAAAGAAGAAGCACUGAGAAGUACAAAACAGAUGAAAGGUAUCGAAAAAAGAACAAAGCUGCUAAUGUUCACAGGUACAGAACAAAUGUGAAGUUUAAAGAAAAACAGCAAGAGAAUGCUGCAAGAAGAUAUAAAACUGAUAGCACAGUUCAGGCAGCAAUGAAGAACCGAAGUAAGAUUAGUUAUCAGUCAUCCUUGCAAGUAAAGGAAAAUAAAAAAAAGAGAAUGAAAAAGCAAAGGAAGUUGAAACAAGUAAAUUUACAAGAUGAAGAAGUUGUUGUCAAAACAUUUAAGGAAAAUGCAGGAAAAGGUCCUGAGUAUGCUUGUUGUUGUUGUCACAGGCUUUUAUUUAGAAACCAAGUUCAAGGCUGCGAACAUCAGAUGUAUGAACAAAGUGAAGCAUCUCGAAUGAUUUCAGAUAUUUGCUUGCAAAAAAAGUAUAUGCAUGAAUGCUUUGAAUUUUGUCGAGAAACAUGUUCCAGAUCAUCACAAUGGAUUUGUUUCACCUGUCAUAGGAAAAUUUUGAGUGGCAAAGCUCCAUCUGAGGCUGCUGCGAACAACUUGUCAUUGGAGGACAUUCCACCUGAGUUAAACAAUUUAAAUAGUUUGGAACAACACCUCAUUGCUCUUCAUAUACCAUUUAUGAAGAUUAUGGCUCUUCCCCAUGGUGGACAGAGAAAUAUACAUGGACCCAUUGUUUGUGUACCCUCUGAUGUAACAAAGGCUACCCAUUUACCUUUGCAACAGGAUAAGAACUUACUGCUACGUGUUAAGUUGAAAAGGAAGUUGAAUUACAAAGGCUACUUUGAAUAUCAAUUUGUGAAUACAAGUAGUGUUAUGACAGCCUUAGCAUAUUUAAAGGAAAAAAACCAGUGGUAUAAAGAUGUCAAGAUUGAAACAACUUGGGAGGAAAAUGAUAAUCAGGAGGAAAAUAUUGAAGAUAACACAGAGACCAUUACUGACAGAGAAGAAAAUGAAGAGCAAAUGAUUGCAUUUGAUACAUGUUUACAGCCUGUUGAUGUUGCACAGGAAGUUUUAGAUCAUUAUUUUGAUGAUGUGUACAAUAUUGCACCUGGUGAGGGAAGAAAUCCAGUUCGAAUGUUACAAGAACCAGGAAAUGAGGCUAAAUCAUUUCCAUGCCAUUUUCCAACUGGGAGGUUUUCUUGGAAUGAAGAAAGGUCGGAAAAAUUAACACUUUCUAGAUAUUUCAAUAAUAGGCUAAUGAAUGCCGAUAACAGAUUUGCGAGGGAUACCAGUUACAUUUUCUUCAGUCAGUACAUGUCUGAAUUAAACCAGGUGAUAGAAAAAACUCAAAUUUCACUCAGAAAGUCAUUAUCUAAGAUUGCUAGUGGUAAAUCAGUGACAGCAAAUAUGCUACAAGAUCCAGGCGUCCUUUCUAGUUUGCUGAGGAAUGAUGAUGCAAUAAGAUUUAUGCAACCAAUAAGGGGAACGCCAGCAUAUUGGGCAGCUGCUCAAAAAGACCUGUUUGCUAUGCUUCGGCAGAUAGGAAUCCCUACAUGGUUUUGUUCCUUUUCCGCAGCUGAAUACAGAUGGAAUGAUGCUGUUAGAGUUAUAUUACACCAUCUGAAUGAUGACAGGAAUCCAGAAGAAAUGGACUGGUCAGAAAAGAAUGAAGUUUUGCGGUGCAAUCCAGUUACAGUGGCACGAAUGUUUGAGCAUAGAUUUCACACUUUUCAUAGAGAGGUAAUACUUUCUCCAGCAGAACCAAUUGGAAAAGUGGUAGACUAUUUUCAAAGAGUUGAGUUUCAGCAGAGGGGUUCCCCACACAUGCAUUGCUUGUACUGGGUUGAAAACGCACCCAAUAUAGAUUCUGAUGGGGAGGAAACUGUAUGCAAUUUUAUUGACAGAUAUGUAACAUGCGCUUUACCCUCGGAAAUGGAUGACUUUGAUCUUAGAAAAACUGUUUUGGAAGUUCAACAACACAGUAAGAAGCAUUCAAAAACUUGCAAGAAGAAGGGUACAGAAUGUAGGUUCAAUUUUCCCAGGCCUCCAUCUCAAAGGACUUUCAUUUCAACUCCUCAAGAUGAUGAAAACUUGGAGCAUUGUGAAACAGAAGCUGUAGAGAGAAAGAUUAAUAAGGCUUAUGCAAAAGAGAUACUGCUUAGUGUAUGGGACAAAGUACAAACAGAUGGUGAAGAAAACUCUUCAAUAGAAGAAAUAUUCAAUGAUCUUUCCCUAACUCAGGAACUGUAUGAGGAAGCCCAGAACACUUUAUUAACCAGGAGGACAGUUAUUCUGCAACGCACUCCAAAUGAGAUGUGGACAAACCAAUAUAACCGUUGUCUCCUAAAAUGCUGGGAUGCUAACAUGGAUAUACAGUUUGUUCUAGAUCCAUUCAGCUGUAUUGUGUAUAUUGUUUCUUAUAUUUCAAAGGCAGAAAGAGAAAUGGGCAUGCUACUAAAACAAACAAAGUUGGAGGCAGAAGAGGGAAAUUUUGAUGCUCGACAAACAAUGAAAAAAAUUGGGUCUGCUUAUCUACAUCACAGAGAAGUGAGUGCCCAGGAAGCUGUAUAUAGAGUGUGCAACUUGAAGAUGAAAGAGUGCUCACGGAAAGUUGCUUUUAUUCCAGUUGGUGACAAUCCUGUGCGCUUAAGUAAGCCAUUGUCUCAGCUGAAAAAGAAUGCGAAAAAGAGCAAUGGAAUAAUUGAUGAGGGCAAAAAUGAUGAUGAUGAUGAUGAUGAUGAUGAUGAUGAAAUUUGGAUGACAAAUGUUAUAGAGCGUUAUGAGAAUCGUCCAGAUAAGUCGGAGUUUCAAGGCAUGUGUCUUGCAGAGUUUUGCGCCGAAUUCAGAGUUCUUUCUAAAUCGCAAGUCCCAAAGAAUGAGAACAAAAAUGUUUUUGAAUUGCAGAAUGAGAAAGGUUAUGUACAGCGGAGAACAAGAACAAAACCUGCAAUUAUUAGGUAUCCUAGAUUUAAUGCUGAAAAAACACCAGAAAAGUAUUAUCAAUCUCUUCUGCAACUUUUUCUUCCAUACUGGACAGAGAUUCAGCUGAAACCACCCGGGUUUGCUUUGUUUAAGGAUUUUUAUGAAACAGGACAUGUGAAAAUAGCAGGAAAAAGACCAUUACAAUCUGUGAAGUCAAUUGUAGACUCUAAUCAUUUGUGUUUUGCCAAAAAUGAAGAUGUCAUAGACAGAGCUCAAGAAGCCUAUGAAACGAAUGGUGACCCAGAGGAUGCAUGGUCAAGCUUAUGUCCAGAAACUGAGGUGUUAAGAGGGGAAGGAUUAGCAAAUAAAAAGGAAAACCAAGUACCCCAGGAGGAUGGUAUUGAUAGUAUACCUGAAAUGGAAUCUGACACACAUAAUGCAGAUGUGCUGUAUCAAGUUCAACAAAUUGUAACCCCCAGAGAUGAAAUUGUUUCUGUACUCCAAAAUCUGAAUGAAAUGCAGCACAAAAUAUUUUACUUUGUGCGUAACUGGUGUUCAGCAAAAGUUGCAGGAGAAAAAUGUGAACCUUUGCAUUUAUUUGUUACUGGAGGUGCAGGAACAGGCAAAAGCCAUUUAAUUAAGGCGAUUCAUUAUGAGGCAUCCCGUUUGCUUUCCAAAUUAAUGUCUGAACCAGAGAGGAUGUCGGUACUUCUUUCAGCAUUCACAGGAACUGCAGCUUUCAAUAUUGGGGGAAACACGCUUCAUCACUUAUUUUCAUUGACAAAAUAUCUCCCCUUACCAUAUGAACCACUGAGAGAACAGAGUCUUAGUGAAAUGAGAGCAAAGAUCGGUGAUCUUCAAAUUCUUAUCAUUGACGAAAUAUCAAUGGUUUACAAAAGACUGCUGUAUUAUAUACAUGAAAGAUUGGUACAGAUCAAAAAAUGCAAAGAACCAUUUGGAGGUGUAAGUGUUAUAGCAGUUGGAGAUUUUUACCAGCUCCCUCCAGUAAAGCAGCGGAAAGAUGAGAGACUUUACAAAGAAAAUAUGGUUUAUCCACUAGACUACUGGCUUGACCUGUUCCAAAUUGCAGAACUUAAUGAAAUAAUGAGACAAAAAGAAGAUCUGUCAUUUGCUGAGAUCUUAAAUUCUCUUCGUGUAAGACAGGCAGAUGAGCCAUUGACACAAGAGCAGAAUAACAUGUUAGAUGACUGUAUCAGAGAUGGACCAGAGGAUGCCCUACAUGUGUUUUCUACCAAUGAAGAGGUUAAUACCUAUAAUUUGUUAAUGUUGAGGAAAUCCUGUGAUAAUCUAUUUGAAAUUAAAGCUGAGGAUUAUCAGAAGGACAAGACAUCUGGAAAACUGACACUGAAAACAAAUCCUAUCACUAAAUCAAAAAGUGAUGGUCUUCCAAGCUCCUUAAUUUUGUCUGUCAAUGCAAGAGUUAUGCUUACAAGGAACUGUAAUGUGGAAGAUGGACUUGUAAAUGGAGUGAUGGGAUAUAUUUCUCAGUUUGUUUUCCGAAAAGGUAGUGCCACCGACAUAAAGGCAAUCGGAGUAAUAUUUGAUAACAAGGAAGUUGGAAAGAAAAGAGGAAGAAAAACAGAUGGAGGAAACAUGGUACUAAUAGAAAGAGUUGAAGAAGAAAUGAAGGAAAAGACAAAAACAGUCAUUAGACACCAGUUUCCAUUACGACUUUCUUGGGCAUGUACUGCUCACAAAGUACAAGGUAUGACUACAGACAGAGUAGUGGUAAACGUAGAUAGAGUGUUUGGUGCUGGCCAGGCAUAUGUAGCAUUAUCAAGGGUUACAUCAAAAGAUGGGUUAUUUAUUGAAACAGAAAAUCCACAUCUACUGAGCAAAAAGAUUUAUGCUGAUUCAGAGGUAAAAACAGCUACAUUUGAAAUGCCAAAAGUUUGUUUUCAUGAUAUUGAUGAAACUGAUGUUUCAGGUGGGAAAAAAAUAAUUUUACACAACAUCCAAAGCUUAGGAAAACAUUUCCAAGACCUGAAAAAUGAUAAGCGAUUCACUCGAGCAGAUAUUAUUUGUUUGACAGAGACAUGGCUUAGGCAUGAACAGAACACUAGAAAUUUAGAACUUCAAGGGUUUCAGUUUCAUCACCUUCCUAGAGAAAAAGCAUAUGUCGGAAAAAGUGUCAAGAUUCAGAGAUUACAUCUGUCUAAAGGAGGAGGAGUUGGGUUGUAUUUAAAAGACCAGAUGGAUUGUUAUAAGAUUUUGUCACUGUCUGAGAUGAAUAUAGAAGCAAUGGCUGUACAAUUAUUGAAUGAAAACAUUGUUCUUUUGACGGUGUAUCGUCCAAGCAUGGUAGACAUAGAUACCUUUCUUACGAAUCUCCUUAGAGUGCUGGACUUUUUAUGGACAAUUUCUCCAGAUUGCAUUGUCAUAGGAGACUUCAAUGAGGAUGCUAAAUCGAAUGGCCCAAUACAAAAGUUCAUGAAGGAUAAACACUUCAGACAGCUUGUAACUUUUAAAACAACUGAAGGGGGGACCAUUUUAGAUCAUGUAUAUGUGUCCAGUGAAAUAUACAUUGAAGUUUUCCAAAUGCCAACAUAUUACAGUUACCAUGAAGCUGUACUCAUGAAAUUUUAUGAAGGAUAG